AUGGUUAUACUUAUUCUUGGCUUGGGUUCACAAUUAAUCGAUGUUCCAUUUUAUCUCCGUUUUAUCGUAAAUUCAGGAGUUAUUCCGGCGACUCCUUCGAUUUGUCUCUUAUGGUGGUUUACUGAUAUUGGUUUAUAUAACGGAGUAGCCAUACUUAUGGCAUGGACAUCUCUCGAACGACAUAUUAUUGUAUUUCAUGAUCAAUGGGUAUCAACAAGAAAAAGACGCAUACUUGUUCACUAUUUACCAUUGGCUUUUCUAACACUAUAUAUUUUCAUUUAUUAUAUCGUUGCAUUUUAUUAUUUCCCAUGUGAAAAUUCCUACGAUUAUACAUUACCAUAUUGUGAUGCGUCCCCAUGUUAUAUGAGUGAUCCAAUAAUGGGCAUGUGGGAUUCAGUUGUUAAUACGGCUUUCCCGUCGCUUUUCGAAGCAUUUCUAAGUUUGGCUUUUCUUUUUCGAGUCAUCUGGCAGCGACACCGCUCUCACUUACCAUUUCAAUGGCGUAAGCAGCGCAAGAUGACUAUCCAGCUGAUGUCUCUUUCGUUGCUUAAUAUGGCUUUCAAUUUUCCACUGAGUAUUAUUGGCAUUAUUCAUUUAUGUGGUGUAGCCGAAGAUAUUGGGGCCGAAGCUUCAGAAUAUUUCUUUUUUCUUUGUUAUUUUGUAAUUUUUCUCAUUCCUUUCAUCUGCCUUGCAUCGAUAACCGGCGUAAAGAACAAAUUUCUUGAGAAAGUACUUCGCCGACGACCACGACAACUUAAUCGAUUCACAGCAACAGUGAGACCUUGGGAUCUGAGAAUGCAAAUGACUGUAGUCAAAGGAUUAACGCAGUUUGAAACUUAA